UAUUCACUGUUGGGCUCCCACGCAGGAGAACCAGUGGUCCUGAGGGGAGGGAGAGGUCCUCCCACGGACACACCGCUGCGGCUCCGGGACACAAGAAGGCAGAGGAGCUCUGAGUUCUCCGGAACAACGUCGACAUCAGCAGGCGGGCGACGUGCAGCCAGACAACAUAAUGUAGGCUCCGCAGGCACCCGGCUGAGCAGUGGAUGUCAGAGAGCCGAAAGGAGUUCUUCUUCAGCGGGUCAAAAUGAAGGAGGUGAAGGGCUGCGGUAUGCGCUCCUCGGUGGGCUUCAUGUCCCGCAGGCAGCUCACGGGACAGCCGCUCAUGAAGGAUGAGUUCCAGAGACGCAGGCUGGCGGGCUGCAGCAGCCUCUACAAGAAGAACAUGGAGGGACACUUCGGUUGUGUCAACGCCAUCGAGUUCUCCAACAACGGCGGAGAGUGGCUGGUCUCCGGAGGAGAUGACCGCAGGGUGCUCCUGUGGCACAUGGAGAGAGCCCUUUACUCUCACUCCAAGCCUGUGAAACUGAAGGGGGAGCACCUUUCCAACAUCUUCUGCCUGGCCUUUGACAGCACCAACACCAAGGUCUUCUCUGGAGGAAACGAUGAGCAGGUGAUUCUUCAUGACGUGGAAAGGCGGGAGACGCUGAACGUGUUUCUGCACAUCGACGCCGUGUACAGCCUGUCCGUCAGCCCCGUCAACGACAACGUGUUCACCAGCUCCUCCGAUGACGGGCGGGUUCUCAUCUGGGACACCCGGGAGCAGCCGCACGGAGAGCCGUUCUGCCUGGCCAGCUACCCUUCAGCCUUCCACAGCGUGAUGUUCAACCCCGUGGAGCCCUGGUUGCUCGCCACGGCCAACUCCAAAGAAGGUGUUGAACUGUGGGACAUCCGCAAGCCCCGCAGCUCCCUGCUGCGUUACGGAGGCAUCAUGUCCCUGCAGAGCGCCAUGAGCGUUCGCUUCAACAGCACAGGCACUCAGCUGCUGGCCCUACGGCGCCGCCUGCCGCCCGUCCUCUACGAGCUGCAGUCACGCCUGCCCAGCUUCCAGUUCGAUAACCAGGGCUACUUCAACUCCUGCACCAUGAAGAGCUGCUGCUUCGCUGGAGACCGAGAUCAGUACAUCUUGUCCGGAUCAGACGACUUUAACCUCUACAUGUGGAAAAUCCCAAACGAUCCAGAAGCAGGAGGCCCUGGACAUGUCAUAAACGGAGCCUUCAUGGUUCUGAAGGGUCACCGCUCCAUUGUGAACCAGGUCCGCUUCAACCCCCACACCUACAUGAUCUGCUCCUCGGGGGUGGAGAAGGUUAUCAAGGCAGAUGAAGAACUGGACCUGUUCUCUUUGGACCUGGACUCUGGUUCAGACUCGACGUGCACGGAGACAUCUGAAGUCCACGUCUCAGGGUUUGAAUGGAAACAAACCACAGAGCUCACGACAGCACCGGACUCUGCCGGGCUCACGGCAGAACCGGACUCUGCCGGCCUAACGGCAGAACCGGACUCUGCCGGGCUCACGGCAGAACCGGACUCUGCCGGCCUCACGGCAGAACCGGACUCUGGCCGGGCUCACGGCAGAACCGGACUCUGCUGCAGACGUUUGGACUGA